AAGAAAUAUGAUUUAUAUUAUUUAAUAUACAAGUAAAUUAAAAUCAACGUGAAAGAUGGGAAAAAAAAGAAACAAUCAACAACCACCUGUGCCAAUACCCGGUCGUGUAAAGGUAGAAAUAAAAGAUGAAUUAGGAGAUAGCGAUGUACUUGUUGCAAGAGAUCGUUUAAAAGGAGCUCUCAGAGAAUUAUUACAACAUAGUGAUACAGGAUCAUCAGCAGAUUCAAGUGAAGAGAGUUCUACACAAGACUAUAAACAUCAAAUAAAAAAAAUUGAUAACAUAUAUAGAACAAAAUCAAUGGGUUUUCAACAACCACGUAAAGUAAGACGUCGUAGACAAGUGCAAAUGGAUACUGCAUUUCAUCAUACUUAUGUAAUGAAAUUAUUUGAUAGAAGUGUUGAUUUAGCACAGUUUCAAGAAGAUACACCACUUUAUCCUAUAUGUAGAGCAUGGAUGGCAAAUCAACCAAGAAAUCCUAAUCUUGUUCCGAAAAUACGUAGUCCAAGUCCAGAGAUAUUAAAUGAAGUUAAUAUAAGUAAUAAUAUAUUAGAUAGUAAUGGAGAAGUUCGUGAUGUUUAUUAUUUGCCACCUCCAUUACCUUGUGAAGAAGCUAUACCUAGAAAUCGUAUACCCUCACCAAUAAUUAGAGAAAAAGAGGAAUUGAAUUUAGAUUAUGACGGACAAACUCUAAAAUCACGAGAAAUGUUAUUAAGAGAACACAGAGUACAUUGGAAUGCUGUACGCAAAAAAUGGUAUCAACAAGCAUAUAAGAAUGAACAACGUUUCACACAAAGUGCAAAUAUAUUAAAUACUAUAUUUAAGAGGGCACAAUCAGAAUUUGAAUGAAUUAUUAUCUGACAAAUUAAUUACUAUCAUCUAUUAGUAAUAAAUAUAAUUUUUUUCUUAUGUUAUAUAAAUAUUUUUUUUCACACUUUUUCUACAUAUUUUAUUUUGUACACUUAUACUUGUUAUAUACUACUUGUAGAAAUAUACCUUUUUAU